AUGGCAAUGCACCUGAGGGUUCCAGGUAUUUGGGAGAAUUUACCAAAGAAACCAUCUGGACCUGGAGUUCUUGUUUUCAUCAGUUCAUCAAACAGAAAAUUAUGGAAUAUAAAAAAUUUUCUUUCGACAUUUCCCAAACCACCUCAGCAAGAUAGAAAAAAAACAUCCAGAUCUUUGGAAUUUCGAGACACAGUUCCUAGACAGGACAAAAGAAAACUAAAAGAAGAUCCAAAGGAAGCUCAUAUACGGAUAAGACGUUCUUUGAGAAAAAAUGUCCAUAAGCCAGGUCAACAUGCUACAACUCUAGAAACUAAUGAAACAGUAGCAGAUGAAAAAUAUGAAAGAAAGAAUGAAGCAGUUAAAAUCCCAUCAAACCGAUCACUUGGAAACAAAACAUCAACAUUCCAAUCAGAUACAAAUUCGGGAUUCAUGUAUCAUAUGGAGUUCUCAAAAAAAGAUGAGAAAAAUUUUAAAAACUACAAGGACAAAGAUACUAAAUUCAUAUGUACAAAUACUGAGCCAAAGGAAAAUUUUAUAAAUAGUUCAAACGAAGCUGAGGCUGAAUUGGAAACUUGGCCCCCAAAUAUUUCAAAUGCGGAUUUGAUAAUGUAUUUAAAUGACCCUAAUAGGGAAUCCAUGGAAUUUGACGUAUGGUUAAAGAAUAACUCACAGAAUAACUCAAAGGAUGAUGCCAAGAAGGUAUCUGAGGGUCAAUCUGAAGACUCAACGGAUGCAAGAAGAGAUAAGAAAAAUGCAAGGAGUGACGCUAAGGAAGGUGCAACGAAGGACCAAGAGUCUACUACUGAUGCGGAUUCUGACCAUUCAAAGGAUCUAAAUAGGGAAAAGAAAGCGCUUAAAAAAGGCAAAAAGAUGGAUGGAAGAUAUUACUCCGAGUCUACUGAUGCUGAAUCUGAAUCUGAACUGGAGACAAAAAAGGGUAAGAAAGGUAAAACAGAAUUAAAGAAAGACACUAAGAAGAAGCAUGUAAAGAACGUACUAUCUACUGAAGCAGACUCUGGAUCUGAAUUGGAGUUGAAGAGUGAAAAAGAUGCAAAGAAGAGAGAGUCGAAGAAAGAUAACAAGAUUGCACAGAAGUCCUCCGUGUCUACUGAUGCAGAAACGGACUCUGAAUGGGAAUCAAAUCACAAGAAGGAUGUAAAAAGUGCCAUAGAGUCUACUGAUGAUGAAUAUGAUGAUUAUACAAAGAAAAGUCCAAGAAGAGCAUUAUUCAAAGAAACAGAUGCUGACUCUGAUGAGUCAGUAUGUACACCUGGAGGUAAGGGCCAAAUGUAUGAAUCAGAUGCCACAUCCACAGAUUCAAAUGUACAAACGAAAGGUUACAGAAUGUCAUCCAAAAAGACCAAAUUUAAAGGAAACGAGAAAGAUACAGGCAUAGGCAGAAUUCCUCCGUCAAGAGAAAGCCGACCACUACCUCCUUGUGAUCCUGUAAGACCACCACCUAAGGUCAGACGUUCCUAUUGGCCUGAAGCUGAGUGGAUUUGGAAGCUGCUGUAA